AAACGUGAAGUCAAUACCUAUUUACUAAUAAUAUUAAAUAAUAUUAUAGUGCAAUUAUUAUUUAAUUUUAUUCUAAAUAAAGUUUUUAGAAUUUAGUUUCACAAUGAGUAAAUUUAAUAAAUUCCUAAGUUUUACAAUUAGAGGUGCUUUAUUUGGUGCAACAUUAUUUGGAUCAUCCGAAUUAGGAUUAUGGAAAGAUCCUGAAACCUCUCGUGAGUUAGUUAAAUUCAUUAUUGACAUUUUGACUCCAUAUACAAAAAAGGCUCAGUCACAGUUACCAGAACAAGUACAGUCCUUACCAUCAAUUGAGAAUCUUAAAUCAACCUCCACAGCUUGUUGGAAUAAAAGUGUAUAUAAUGCUGGAGAAUUUGUGAUCGAUGUUCCAAAUAAAUGUGCUCGUGUUGCUGAUAAAGCUUACCAAUUAGUUGAAGUUCAAGUGAAUAAAACCAAGUCAAAUGAAUAAGACUAUAGUUGGAUCACGUAUAUUGUUGAUUUUUUGAAAACGCCAUGUAUAAUAUGUGUUUAGCAAUAUAACAAAUUUGUAAAAAAAUGUUA